CAGGGCCCGCGUGUGCAGGGCCGGGGGGGCGGGGGGGCCGCUGUACCCGGAUCUGGGGGGAGGCGGCAGCCCCGGCUCUGCCCCCGCAGCCAUGAGCGGCCCCGGCAGAGGGGCGCCCCCUGCCCCCGCCAGCGCCCCCCUGGGCCCCCAAGCCAUGCAGCAGGUCCUGGACAACCUGAUGGGGCUCCCCGGCACCCCGGGGGCUGCCGACCUGGACCUCAUCUUCCUCCGCGGCAUCAUGGAGAGCCCAAUAGUAAGGUCCUUGGCGAAGGCCCAUGAGCGGCUGGAAGAGACGAAGCUGGAGGCGGUGAGGGACAACAACCUGGAGCUGGUGCAGGAGAUCCUGCGUGACAUCGGGCACCUGGUGCGGCAGGACAGCGCGGCCGCCGAGCUGGCAUGCAUCCUGCGCGAGCCCCACUUCCAGUCCCUGCUGGAGACCCACGACUCAGUGGCCUCCAAGAGCUACGAGACGCCCCCCGCCAGCCCCGUCCUGGAUCCAGCCUUCAACAACCAGCCUGUGCCCCCCGACGCCGUGCGCAUGGUGGGCAUCCGCAAGACGGCUGGCGAGAACCUGGGGGUGACGUUCCGUGUGGAGCGGGGGGAGCUGGUCAUCGCCCGCAUCCUGCACGGGGGGAUGGUGGCGCAGCAGGGGCUGCUGCACGUGGGGGACGUCAUCCGGGAGGUGAACGGGCGGGAGGUGGGCAGCGACCCGCGGGCACUGCAGGACAGCCUGCGCCACGCCAGCGGCAGCGUCAUCCUCAAGAUCCUGCCCAGCUACCAGGAGCCCCACCCGCCCCGGCAGGUCUUUGUCAAGUGUCACUUCGACUACGACCCGGCCACCGACAGCCUUAUCCCUUGCAAGGAGGCUGGGCUCAAGUUCACUGCCGGUGACCUGCUGCAGAUCGUCAACCAGGAUGACCCCAACUGGUGGCAGGCGUGCCAUGUGGAGGGGGGCAGCGCGGGGCUGGUGCCCAGCCAGCUGCUGGAGGAGAAGCGCAAAGCCUUCGUCAAGCGGGACGUGGAGGUGGCCCCCACAUCUGGGGCCCUGUGUGGCAGCCUCAGUGGGAAGAGGAAGAAGAGGAUGAUGUACCUGACGACAAAGAACGCCGAGUUUGACCGCCAUGAGCUGCUGAUCUAUGAGGAGAUGGCCCGCAUGCCGCCCUUCCGCCGGAAAACCCUGGUGCUGAUUGGCGCCCAGGGUGUGGGGCGCCGCAGCCUCAAGAACAAGCUCAUCAUGUCAGACCAAGCGCGAUACGGCACCACUAUCCCCUACACAUCACGGAAGCCGAAGGAGAAUGAGAAGGAUGGGCACGGGUACCGCUUCGUGUCACGGGGGGAGAUGGAGGCGGACAUCAAGGCGGGCCGGUACCUGGAGCAUGGCGAGUAUGAGGGCAACCUCUAUGGCACCAAGAUCGACUCCAUCCGCACCGUGGUGGAGGCUGGCAAGAUGUGUAUCCUGGACGUCAACCCCCAGGCAGUGAAGGUGCUGAGAACAGCUGAAUUUGUGCCAUACGUGGUCUUCAUUGAAGCCCCCGACCCUGAGACGCUGCGGGCCAUGAACCGGGCAGCGCUGGAGAGUGGUGUGGCCACUAAGCAGCUCACGGAGGCCGAUGCCAAGCGGACGGUGGAGGAGAGCGACCGGAUCCAGCGUGGUUACGGUCACUACUUCGACCUCAGCCUGACCAACGACGACCUGGAGCACACCUUUGGGCGGCUGCAGGAGGCCAUGGAGCGCCUGCGCACCCAGCCCCAGUGGGUGCCCGUCAGCUGGGUCUACUAGUACCCCCCCGGGGGUCCCCACCACCUUUACCCCCCCUCAGCCUGACCAGGAGGGCUGCAGGGGGAGGAGGGUGGUAUUGCCCCCACUGUCUCACCCAGUGUGAUGAGCUUGCCGUGUUCAGCACUGGGGUUGGGGGGGGGAGGGGGGCUGGCUGGCUGCACAGUGCCCCCGCCACUCAAGCCAGGCUCCUGUCUCCCUCCUACUUAGCCCCACAUUCAUGGGGGGAAGAACAGGGCAGUGGGGUCCCUCUGGGGGACAGACCCCCUCCACUGUGCCCAGCACCCACACAGCUAACUCACUGCCAGAACCUCACCCCCUCCCUGUGUUACCCCCGGGGACUGUGCCCCCCCCAGCCGGAGUUGCUGCGAGCUGGGGGGCACAGGGACAUUGCGGGGGUCACCACUGUUGUGUGGCUCUGGCCCCUCGUAGCCCUGUGGCUCAGUUUCCCCAUGGGAAAGCACGCCCCAUCCCAGGGCAGCGUGUGGGUCAGGACCCCCAGGGCAGGGGGUGGGGUGGUCACACCAGCUGAAGCCACAUGAGCUGCUGUGGCCCCAAGCCGCUGCCUUGCUGCACCCCCUCCCAGCAACCCCCUUUCACCCUGACCAGGAUGGGGGUCCCUUUCUGUCCCUUUUGACCCCCCCACCCCUUCCCAAGUAGCAAUAACCCCCCCCAGACCACCAGCCGGUGUGGGUUCCAGCCUAUAAUUAAUCCUUAAUUAACCCUGUAGUUAACCUGGGAGGUGCUGCAGCUGGGGACUUGCUGGGGGUGCCUGGGGGGGGGGGGUCCUGCCAGGGGGUAACCCCAAGGGACCGGGACACAGAGUGCAGCACACACACAUACAGGUGUGUGCCAGCGGGGUGUGUGUUCCCCUUCCAUCCCCCCCCCCCCCGCCACCCCCUAUCCCAGUCCCCAGGUGGCUCCUUUUUGGUACUUUGCUGUGACUUUUAUUAAAGGAAAGAAAAGUGU